AUGGCUAAUGCGGCUUACUGGAGUUGGAAAUCGAGCGGCUCACGCCGGGCUCGCGAGCUUGCCAAACGCCUGCAGGCCAAAAAACCCGAACCAAUGGCCCCAUGCUAUGGCGACAUAAGGAAGAAGACUCACAGUCGGAUGAGGAGGACAUCCAACCGGCCGAGCAACUUCAAUGAGUGCUCGAACCAGCUGAGACUAAGCAACGAGGAGAAGAGGCUUGAGCGGGCCAAGAAGGCCUUUGAUAGGUUCAGCCGCGACCCGGAUUACAGAUUCCUCCACGAGCGCGUGUCGGAUUACUUUGCCCUGUGCUUGUGGUCGGACAUGGAGAUGCUAAACACCGACCAAUCGAACAAAAUCAGCCUUGCCGUCAAGUGGUGCCCCUCCCUGGACUCUUCAUACGACCAGGUGACUCUGCUUUGUGAGCCCAUUGCCAAGAAAGUCUUCCCGAGGUCCGAAUAUCCAGAAUACGAAUUAGUCGAGGAGGUCCACUAUGCGUAUCGUGUUCGGGACCGUUUACGUAAGCAGGUUCUUGUCCCUCUUCGUAAAGCCCUCGAGCUGCCUGAGGUUUACAUGAGCGCGAAACAGUGGAGUACACUCCCUUAUAGCAGGGUAUCCUCUGUUGCCAUGAAAAUGUACAAGCAGGUGUUUGUGGAGCACGAUGAGCAGAGGUUCGGGGAGUAUCUCGAGAAGGUUGACAAGGGUGAGGCCAAGAUUGCUGCUGGAGCUCUGCUUCCGCACGAGAUAGUCGCAGGACUUGAAGACGGUGACGACGGCCAGGUGGCGGAGCUUCAGUGGAGGAGAAUGGUGGAUGACAUGGUGAAGUUUGGGAAGCUGAAUAAUUGUUUGGCAGUCUGUGAUGUGUCGGGGAGCAUGGACGGGAUUCAAUUGGAUGUAUCAAUGGCUCUCGGGCUUUUGGUGUCUGAAUUGAGUGAGGAGCCUUGGAAAGGGAAAGUGAUUACGUUCAGCGAAAGUCCCCAGCUUCAUACAGUCGAGGGUUCCAGCCUGAAGGAGAAGACUGAGUUUGUGAUGGAGAUGGAUUGGGGCGGGAACACGGACUUCCAGAAGGUGUUUGACUUGCUGCUUCAGGUGGCGGUGGAUGGGAAACUGAAGUCGGAUCAGAUGAUCAAGAGGGUGUUUGUUUUGAGUGACAUGGAAUUUGACCAAGUGUCUAUGAACCCAUGGGAGACUGAUUACGAGGCGAUUGUGAGGAAGUUCGAUGAGAAAGGGUAUGGAGAAUGUGUGCCGGAGAUUGUGUUUUGGAAUCUGAGAGAUUCUCCGGCGACUCCGGUGGCGGCGGGGCAACCGGGAGUGGCGCUUGUGAGUGGUUAUUCGAAGAAUAUGAUGAAGGUGUUUUUGGAGGAAGGUAGGAUUCUAAGUCCCCAGGCUGUUAUGGAUCAGGCGAUAGCGGGCAAAUAG